UUUUUUUUUAUUAAUUAUAACAAAAAAUAUAUAAAAAUUGUAUAAAAUAUGGACAAUUACAACAACAAUACGGUGACAUAUUUGAUGAGGUGUUAGCUGCCGAUCACUUUUACUUGUUGCUUUGGACAAGCACAGGAAAUCAGUACCAUAUAGAAAACCUUUUCACUUGAUAAAGUAAGAGAUAAAAACGCAGGAAAAACGUUUUGUGUGCUAUUGCACCAAAAAAGGAAAAACGUUUUGUGUGCUAUUGCACCAAAAGAGUUUUAAAAACUCCAUAGACUAUACAAGGGAAAUAGAAUCCACAAAAUUAUCUGAAUAUGAUGAACUUUUUCAGUUCACUAAGUGUGCCCACACUGGGCGAGAUGGAGCAAAUCAUAUGCAUGCUAGAACGGGGAACAAUAGUAACUAAACUUUAUAGCAAACAAAGAAGACCGGAGCAAAGAAGAUUAAUGCUUAUUCGAGAAACUCGCCAGCUGCUGUGGUCUCAAGUUACCGCCAACACAAGGGUCGACUACGAGGGUUCGCUGGAGUUAAGGGAGAUAAAAGAGAUACGUGUAGGCAAAAGCUCCAAGGAAUUUCGCAACUGCCCCGAUGAGGCAAAACGUUUUGAAUCGGGCAAAUGUUUUGUUGUUUUGCACGGCAGUUCAUUCAAACUGAAAACGUUUUCGGUGGUGGCGUUGUCGGAGCAUGAAGCUGAAAAUUGGGUUAAGGGAUUACGUUAUAUGGUGCAGGACACUAUUAAUGCCUCGUACCCGCUGCAAGUUGAACGUUGGCUGCGCCGAGAAUUCUAUGCCAUCGAAAACUCCAGCGCACAGUCGUCGUCCAAAGAUGGAGGACAAGUGACUGUGAAAGACUUUAAAGCAUUCCUUGGCAGUAUUAGUUGCAAAAUGACCACCUCCAAGUUGAUGGAUUGCUUUACCGAGGAGGAUAUACGCAGAAAAAACGAUUUGCGCUUUGACGAUUUUGCUCGCUUGUAUAGGAAACUGAUACAACCCGCAGGUUUCCUAGAAGACCUAUUUCAUAGUCAAGCAGGAGGAGCAGAUUUUGCCUAUUCCAAAGAUGGUCAAAUUGUUACCUUGAGAGAGUUCGAGCAUUUUCUACAAAAAGAACAAAGAGAAGCUAUGGGAAGGGAUAGUGCCACAGUUUCUAAUUUUAUACGAGAAUUCCUACAAGAUAUCGAACGUGAAGUGCACGAUCCAUACUUCACCAUCAGUGAAUUCCUAGACUACCUGUUCUCCAAGCACAAUGAUUUGUGGGACAGAGAAUGCGACCGUACUUACAUGGACAUGAAACAGCCAUUGUCCAACUAUUGGAUAGCAUCAUCCCACAACACAUAUCUAACAGGCGAUCAGUUCUCCUCGGAGUCCUCCUGUGAGGCCUAUGCGCGCGCAUUGCGUAUGGGUUGCCGUUGCAUCGAACUAGAUUGCUGGAAUGGUCCUGAUAACUUGCCUCAUAUUUUUCAUGGCCAUACCAUGACCUCAAAGAUUAAAUUCAAAGAUGUCAUUAAAACAAUAAAGGAACAUGCCUUUGUAACAUCAGAGUUUCCUGUAAUUCUGUCCAUAGAACAGAAUUGUUCCUUGGAGCAGCAAAGGAAUAUGGCCCAUGCCCUGUGUGAAGUUUUUGGCGACAUGCUGCUAACACAAAGAUGCGAUCGGGCGGAAACACAGUUGCCCUCGCCCCAUCAGCUAAGGCGAAAGAUUAUAUUGAAACAUAAAAAGUUGCCGGAAUACGAGGACUCGACAUCGUUAGCUGCAGCAUCUUCCAACUCUUCGACCCUGCUCACAUCUUCGGGAAGUCGUGGCUCUAUUUCAGGCCCCGACGACCACGAUGGCAUACGCAAUGUAGUCAAAGAGGGUCUACUGUACUUUAAAGAUCCUGUGGAUAAAGUUUGGAAUAUAUAUCAUUUUGUUUUGACACAGCAGGAGUUGAUUUACACCUCAGAAACCGAAGAUACAAAUUCGGCUGCUGGAGAUGAUGAUGACAAUGCAUUGCUAGCAUCUACAAAUAAUGCUUUAAUGCCCAAGGCCAAAGAUAAUUCCAUAAAUGAUGAACUGCACUUUGGGGAAAAUUGGUUCCAUGGCAAAUUGGAAGGUGGCAGAAGUGAAGCUGACCAACUUUUAGAGGCCUAUAAACAUUUGGGCGAUGGCACAUUUCUGGUUCGCGAAUCCGCUACCUUUGUUGGUGAUUAUAGUCUCUCAUUUUGGAGACGGGGUCCAAAUCAUUGUCGCAUAAAGCUAAAGCAUGAGAAUGGCGCAACUAAAUAUUAUCUGGUGGAUAAUUUCGUAUUUGAUUCCUUGUAUUCUUUAAUCGUCUACUAUCGCAAGAAUAUGCUAAGAAGUGCUGAAUUUUCCAUAACUCUCAAGGAGCCUGUGCCUCAGCCUAAAAAACACGAGUCACAAGAAUGGUUCCAUCCGCAUACCACCAAAGAGCAAGCAGAGCAGGUUUUAAUUAAAUUGGAAGUUGGUUCAUUUUUGGUGAGGCCGUCUGUCCAAAGUGCUAAUGCCUUUGUGAUAUCGUUCACCAUAAAUAGAAAAAUUAAACAUUGUCGGAUUAUGCAAGAAGGACGUUUAUUUGUGGUCGAUACCAAUCAGUUUGAGUCGUUGGUAUCGCUGGUGAAGCAUUACAUGCGAAAUCCUUUGUAUCGUAAUGUUAAGCUAGUGUAUCCCGUGUCCCAGGAGCUGUUGAAGCAAAAACUUUUGGCUUGUCAAACAUCGCUGGAUCAUCAUGGCAAUGGCGAUUUUAAUGAUGCCUCCAGCUAUAUGGAUCCUAGUCUUGAAGAUACGGUCACAUGCAAGGCUCUGUACAGCUACAAGGCGGACAAGCCAGAUGAACUAUCAUUUCCAAAACAUGCAAUCAUUACAAAUGUCCAAAGAAAUAACACUAUGUGGUGGAAGGGAGAUUAUGGAGGCAUGAAACAGCGUCAUUUACCUGCAAAUUAUGUUAAGGUCAUUGACUCCGUUUGCGACGACUACAACACUUUCAAUGAAGAGACCACCAAUGAACAGUUUUCACGCACCGACUCUAUUGAGAUACAUGGCGCCGUUGCCUCCUUAUUUGAAUGCAAUGAACCCGGCAUCUUGUUGAAGCUUCAAAUUCAAACCCCAACAAUGCAAAACUCCUUUGUGAUUGGCUUUGACAAUCAAGAACAGGCAUACGAGUGGUUUAAGGCCAUACAGGAGGCAGCUGUAAUAGCCAACCAGUUAGCAACCGAAAGAAGAAAAAAAGAGCGUUCCGCUAGAGUUGCCAAGGAAAUGUCAGACUUGAUUAUCUACUUCCGCAGUGUACCUUUCCGUGAACACUCCUGGGUAUUUUACGAGAUGUCCAGCUUUCCCGAAACAAAAGCCGAAAAACAGUUUGUGCAACAGAAUACCCUGCUGUUUGUAGCCUACCAUCGCCAUCAAAUUAGUCGUGUCUACCCGAAGGGACAGCGUUUGGACUCUUCCAAUUUCAAUCCAGUGCCUUUUUGGAAUGUCGGUUCACAAAUGAUUGCCUUGAAUUACCAAACUGGGGAUAAAGCCAUGCAACUAAAUCAAGCCAAAUUCCGCGAUAAUGGCAUGUGUGGCUAUCUGCUAAAGCCCAAGUUUAUGCAGCUGGAAGGAUUCGAUCCUAACAAUCCUCUAACGAUCAGUCCUCUGGAGGAAAAGUUAGUCACUAUACGUAUUAUUGCUGCCAGACAUCUAUUUCGUGCCGGCAAAUGCAGUAAUCCUUUGGUUGUUGUUGAAAUAGCUGGCGCCAGUUUCGAUACGGGCGUUAAACAUCGCACCAAGGUGUGCGAGAAUGGCUUUAAUCCCGUUUGGAAUGAAAUGUGCGAAUUCUCUGUGCGUAAUCCUCACUUUGCUCUGUUGCGCUUUGAAAUACAGGAUGAGGACAUGUUUGCCGAGACCCACUUUAUAGCACAGGCAUGCUACCCUCUCAACUGCAUUAGGACCGGUUAUCGCAGUGUAACCUUACGCAAUAAAUUCAGCGAAGAACUGGAACUAUCCUCCUUACUUAUACAUGUUGACAUCAAACAACCAACGACCGCCACCGAAACACAUGCUGUAUUAGGAUUUUAAGUUAAGCAUUGUCACAAACUACGAACUACAAAAGUAAUAAUGAGUUUUUAGGACUCAGCAUUUAACCUAACUAUUACAAUAUAUAGCACAAAAUGUUGUAUGUAAUGUGUCGCCUGUGUUUAGUUAACACAUUUUUUGAACAAAUUAACUCGAAAGACUUAUUUUUUUUAUUUUACUUUAUAUAAUAUUUUACUCUUUUAGUUCAUAUACACUAUUUUUCUCCAUUGACUUCCAUUACUCUUUAAACAUUUUUAAAUCGUAAAUUAACUUUUAGCUAAUUUUUUCUUCAAAUGCUUCCAAAGUGAUACGAAACACACCCAACUACAACUAACACAAAUAUAUAGUAUUGAAAAAAAAUCAAUAUUUUUAUAUGAAAAAAAAAAACAAACAAACAAAUGUGUCUUAAAAACAAUAAUU